GGAGGAGUGGAGCAGAGCAAAGGAAGCAAGAAGUGAUCAUGGCUACUGCAGAGCUGAGCUGCCAGGUGUCCGAGGAGAACCAGGAGUGCAGGGAGGCAUUCUGGGCUGAAUGGAAAGACCUGACUCUGUCCACCCGGCCAGAGGAGGGCUGUUCCCUGCAUGAGGAGGAUGCUCAACGGCAAGAGACCUACCACCAGCAGGGACAGUGUCAGGCCUUGGUGCAGCAGUCUCCCUGGCUGGUGAUGCGUCUGGGUAUCCUUGGUCGUGGGCUGCAGGAGUACCAGCUGCCCUACCAGCGGGUGCUGCCACUACCCAUCUUCACCCCCACCAAAGUAGGGGCUGCCAAGGAGGAGCGCGAGGAGACCCCUAUCCAGCUGCGGGAGCUGUUGGCGCUGGAGACAGCCCUGGGUGGCCAGUGUGUAGAGCGCCAGGAUGUGGCUGAGAUCACCAAGCAGCUGCCUCCUGUGGUGCCUGUUAGCAAGCCUGGGGCCCUUCGUAGAACCCUGUCCCGCUCCAUGUCCCAGGAAGCACAGAGAGGUUGAGAAAGGACUGUCUCAGGCUCCACUGUGCCCUCUCUGGGCUGGGCCCUUCCUGGCUAGAACCAUGGAGCUGUUGGCUGUGACUGCUUUGUAGUUUGCCCAGAACUGGGGGCUAUGGGAGGCGGGAGCCAGAGGCCAGGAUGUCUGGGUCCCCUGAACUCCAAAAGGGAAGAGAGAAAAGAUGGUGGGCACUAGAGAUGAAGAGCUGGGGGCCAGCACAGCCUAGCACCCUCAGCCCCAAUAGAGACAAAAGAUGCUAGUGAGGGAAAGAGACCCCUGGGAGCAAUGGCCUGGUCCAGACUGCAGCUUUGGAGAAGGGCUAGGACAAGCAUGAGAGGAUCUGGAAUGUUCUGGGAAGGAAACUUGGAGACUGGAGGGAGGGGGAUGUGAAGAGGGCAGAAGCAGGGCUGGGCCCCCAGCACCCUCUGUUAGUACUGCAAUAAAUGCUCAACCAUG